UUCGGUUUGUCAUACAUCACAGAAAAUAAUAAUCAACAGGGUCAAGGGAACAGGCGAAACCCAGCACAAGGGAGAAUGAGGGUUUUCACUACUCCUUCAUCAACUUCUGGUACUGGUGGUCAUAAUAAUUCGACACUGUUUUUUGAAAGUUUUUCUUCCUCAGCUAUUGUCCCUAGGGAAAACAGAGAGACUUCUAUCAUGCUCCCAAUUAACAAUAAUAAUCCUGCUGUUGAAAUAAUCCACAUCAAUGAUGAAGAACCAGAUCUUGAAUCAUCAUUGUUAGAGGUCAAUCUUAAUUCUUCCUCUUCAAUUUUACCAACAACCGAACAAACCAAUCAACAUGCCUCAAAUCUUUUAACAUUACAAAGAAAUUUGAGAAUCAACACCGCCAACAACAACAACCAACAAGAUGGUGUGUCACUUGAUUUAUCCUUACACCAGUUUGGCGGUGAUGGCGGUGGCAGCUCUUCUACUAUGGAUGUCAUCGGUGGCAGCGCUGGUGGUGGUGGUGGAGGUGGAGAUGGUCUCUUGAUGAGCGUUCUCAACAAUACUUCUACUAGGCGCAUCAUGCCGAUCAAAAGAACUGCCCCUGAUUAUGCUCGCCGAGAGUUUACGGUGGGUGAGAGCUCAAGUGCCGGUGGUGCUGGUGGUGGAUCUGUUGCUCAACCUAUGGCAGCCCCCAAGCGGCGACCCACCGCAAAUGAAAAUGCGGCGCUGCGCAUUUCAUCAUCAUCUAAUACCUGCACUUGUACCCCUUCUCCCACUUGCGCUCUCCAUGCUUCCGCCAAUAGUAAUCUUUCUUCAUCUUCCAGGGAACAACCCCAUGAAACUGCUAACAACAACAACAACAACCCCCAAAAUGUUGUUCGUAUUCCUUCUAGUUUGUGGCCAAUUUCUGAUGUGCAAAGAGCUCUUCAGUCUGAUAGCUUUCAAGUCCUUCAACCUACUACUACUGCUGCUACUCCUCCUCCUCCUCCUCCUAGUAGUAGUAAUAAUAACAAUAAUAACACAACACUUGGUAUUCUGCAACUUGAUGAUGGUUCCUUUAUUUACCCCCAACCUGUUUUUGAUAGUAGCCACCACCACCACCAAAUCCACCAUGGCCACCAGCACACGCCAUUUAAUCCGUUAUACCACCGUGGCUAUCAACCAUUUUUCUCCACUGCUGACACUUCUCCAUUCCGCCCAGCCUCAAUCAAUUACAUGGAGAAUCUUCCUCAUCAUCAUCAUCAUCAUCAUCCGUACGGCGGUUCUUCUUCUUCUUCUUCGACUCCUUCCCCUCUUCCUUGGAGCACCGUGAUUAGGCCAAGGGCUAUUCCUGUGUCUCUCACUCACCGAGUUGGAGGAAGUAAUAGAGAAUCUAACAACACCAGAAACAACUAUCCUUUUUCUUCUCCUGCUGGAAGGGGAACAAUCACUGUGACUCAGAAUCGUGGAAACUCAUCAUCAUCAAGCUUAUUCCCCGGUGGGUCUCCUUCAACACGGCUACUCGAAAGCCUUGUACAAAACGCCGGUACCCCUUCUUCUGGAUCUGGCGCUGGUCAGAAUAAUACAGCAGGUACUACCGUUGGAGCUGUUCCUGCAGUUCAGCAGCUGUCGAACGUUGCUCGUGCAUGGAUUCGAAGGCUGAACGCUCAUGACGAGGCCUUGACGAGAACGUCACAAUCUUCUACCCGUGAUAAUACUCCUCACAGGGCACUGCGAGCUUCUCCUAUUGCUGAGAUCUAUAAUUUGCCUACUUAUUUUGCUGAUGAUUCAAGAAGGCUUAGACAAGAGAUCCGCACUGCCAUUGAUCAUUUGCGUAAUGGAGGUUCCGUCCGACUGGAGGAACUUUUAAUUCUUGAUUACUCCAUUGUGCUGAACUUGCUUGACAACAUUGAGGAGGAGGAGGAUGAUGCGGAUAUGCCGCAGCAGUUUUAUUUUUUUUUUUAG